AUGACAUCACUGAACGCCAUCUCGAGAGAAGUCUACGAAACAACUAAUACUCUAUUCCUCUGCCUUUCGGCCGCUGUUUCCCGACCACAGCGUCUGUCCCUUCGACUGCCCGCCCCCACCCCUCCCGCGACCCCCACUCCUGUGUCCGACCGCCAGAUGGCGCCCAAAAAUGGCGACAAAUCGAAAAUCAAAACCGAAGGACUUUUCGCUCGAAUUGAAGGCCACCUUCCGGGCGACCAAUCGGACGCCGAGUUCCAGACUCCGCCCACUCUUCUAAUCCUUUAUAAGAGUCGCGAGACUUUCGCCCAAAAAACCCCAAAAAUGGAAACUCUUCUGAAAGUCUCGCUUUUCUUAUGCAUUGUCUGCGCGUUCAGUGCUUUCGCUGCGCCCGCAAACAAAAAGGUCGACAAACAGACGGCGACGACGACAGGAACGACACCCGCGGCCAACGCGACGACAGACAAAGCCCCGACUAUCGAUUGGGGAAAAUGUCCGCAAUUGGAGCCCAAAGACGCCGAGAAGCGCGCGAAGGCCGCCGUCCUCGAGACGUGUCUCGCGCGACAUCCCAUUCCCGCGAAUCUCACGCAAGAGACCAUCGAAUCACACCAGAAGGCGAUCGCGGAGUGCGCGCUGCGGACAGAGAAGUGGUUUACGGCGAAAGGAAACUAUCGCUACUCGAAGGCCGAGAACGAGAUUAAGGCGAAGAAGUUGCCGAAAGACGUGGAGAGCGCUCUUCUCGCGCACCACAAGAACUGCGAGUCGGAAGCGAAGCGCGAGUUCGCGUCCAAAGAGCGCGUCAUCGAUCAGAUCCAACUCUAUCAGGCCUGCAUGGAUUACCACAUCACCAGCGCGUGCGGUAUUCAACUCAAAGACAACUGAUUUUCUCGGAAAUAAACUUUAAUUCCUUUUUAUCGA